UCUUCCUGUUUCUUUCUGUCCUACAGUCAGGCCAUAUAGUGUGAACAGAUGGGAUAUAUUUGGUAUAGGCUCCGCCCCGCCAGGCGAUCAUCUUGAAAAAUCGGCCAGUGAGCAGGAUGCUCUGAAUAUUCAAAUUAGUUUUCCAUAAGAUCUCAUCGCGCACUGUUGUCUGCGGAAGUCGAAUUCCGAUACGAUUCUCCUGGCACUUUUAAGGAAAAUCUGGAAUAUAGUUCAGUUUUUAAAUCGCAUAAUAUCGGUGGAAAUAUGAAUUCACAAUCGGCAGUGCGUCGUUAUCCACAUAGUUUUUCCAUCGAACAAAUUCUGGCCAAGCCGGAAAUGGGCAACACCAAUUCCUUUCAAGAUUCGGCGCAGGAUGAAAGUGGUCGCGGUGGCAUAUGUGGUGGUGUUUCGCGUGUUUCUAGUCCUGCAACAUCCAGUUGCUUGGAAGAUAACCUGGACGACGGCAAAAGUGAUAUCGAUUUGGCCUCAGAUGAUGGAAACGGCCUUGGUGAUGAUCGCAAGAAACGUCCGAGGACCGCCUUUUCGGCUGCCCAAAUCAAAGCUCUGGAAACGGAAUUCGAGAGGGGAAAGUACCUUUCGGUGGCCAAAAGAACUGCACUGGCCAAACAGCUUCAGCUCACAGAAACGCAGAUCAAGAUCUGGUUCCAGAACCGCCGCACCAAGUGGAAGCGCAAGUACACCUCGGACGUGGAAACCUUGGCCUCGCAUUAUUACGCCCAGCUGGGAAUUGGAGGAUUGGCCAGACCCAUGGUGGUUGGCGAUCGUCUGUGGCUCUUCAGCCAAACGCCAACGGGUCCCACGCCAAUUCAAUCCAUUAUGCUGAAUGGAAGCGGAUCUGCUGCGCCUAUGGCAUCGGCGACGGCCACCGGCUCACCAAUGCGUCCGUAUCCGUCGAGUGGCGGGAUGCCACCAUUGCCGGGACCCAGUGUGAUGGAGAGUGCACGAAAUGCAAUCCUGGCACGUGGACAGCCCUUGAACUUUGCUCUGCCCUUUGGAGUGGCCAAGCCACCGGCGGGAGGUGUUCCAUCGGCCAGCUACAUCCCGCGCUGCAAGUCCUAUGCGGGAAGCUUUGUGGAUUAUGCAGCUACACUUCCGCCAAAUGAGGCCUAUUUGCAGAUGAAGUACGCUACACUGCCGCCGGAAACGGAAACAGGAACCUCCAAUGGACUGGCCGAGUUGGAACGAGUUUUCGGUGAUGCCAAUGCCAACUUCCUGCAGCAACGCAUCACUCCAAGCACCGGGGGAGCAACAUCUUUCGGUCACGAAGGCUUAAAUCAAGCCCAAAGGAACAGGAGGCCCACACAAUCAGAGUCCGAGUGCAGUGACAUUGACUGCGAGCAUCUGGACGAAGAUGAGGAGCCACCUGCUACGGAGUAA